CGCCACGGGCCCGCCAUGGCGCUGAGCGGGGCGGAGAGCGGCCGCCCUCAGGGCGGUGCCGGCCUCUGCUCCGGAACCGCUCCGCGCCCUGCGGGCAGCAUGUCCGCCUCCUCUUCCAGAAGGAAGAGCAAGGGGCGCCCGGCCGCGGGCGGCGGCUCCCCGCGGGAUGCUCCCCCGGGAGCUGCCGCAGGCGGGCUGCUGGCGCUGCGUGUCACCGACGCCGUGGAGGCAGGAGAUGACAAAGUGCCGAAGAUGCUGCGCAGGGCGCUGGCGCAGCUGUCGCUGAGCAGCGUGAAAUCUGCGGGUCUCUGCAUAGGGAGACCGGCCCUGCUCACCUCUGCUGAUGGGCGGCAGGAGGUCUGUACUGCUUGGCCCACCACAGGCUUCCCAGGGGGGAAAAUUGGGCUGGGUGAAACCACACAGAAGAGCCUGAAAGUAAAUCCAGGUGAUGCUGUCACUGUGCAGCCUGUGACUGGUGCAGUCAUCCAGGCAGAGGAAGUCCAUGUAAAGUUGAGGGACAAAGAUGCCACUGUUAAUGCUGAGGAAAUGUCUGUCUGUCUGCUGAGAAACCUUGAUGGGAAAAUAGUCCUUCCAGGAAACCUCUUGGCUUUCACUUACUAUGGCAAACUUUGCAACAUCGUGGUGAUGAAAGUGAAGGGGACUGACGGUGCGGAGCUGAUUGCUCAGGGCGGCAGCGCCAUUCCUGAUGAUUCCAAUGAGCCAAACCUUGAGAGGUCAGAUCUGGAGAGCAGUGCCUUAGACUUGUCCUUACAGCUGAGCAGGAUGGACAUUGGUGACAGUCCAGAGGUUGGCUCCAUGAGCACCCCCAGCAAAGCCGUGGAUUCAGGCUCACCAGUCACACCCAGCGCUCCAGACUCCCGGCAUGGAGACAAAACCUUCAGCAGGGGAGAUGGUGCAGACCUCAGCCAGGAUCUGGAGCUGGCUGGGGAAGGCAGCACUGAGGGACUCCCACUAACUGGCAAAAUCGGAGCAGUGAGCAACACAGAUUGUUUUUACUUCAUUUCUUCAAGAACUAAAAUAAAUUUUCUUGAACCAAGGACCAGUGUAGCAGAGAAUGGCGAGUGUGAGUCCCGGGUCACCUAUGACAUGAUAGGAGGCUUAAGCAGCCAACUCAGAACUAUUAGAGAAGCUGUUGAACUGCCCUUGAAGCAACCUGAACUGUUCAAGAGUUAUGGCAUCCCUCCUCCUCGAGGAGUGCUGCUCUAUGGCCCUCCAGGAACUGGGAAGACCAUGAUUGCCAAGGCCAUCGCAAACGAGGUUGGCGCUUACGUUACUGUCAUUAAUGGCCCUGAAAUCAUCAGCAAGUUUUAUGGGGAGUCUGAGUCGAGGUUACGUCAGAUAUUCGCUGAGGCUUCUCUCCGUCGCCCCUCGAUUAUAUUUAUAGAUGAGUUGGAUGCCCUCUGUCCAAAGAGAGAAGGAGCUCAGAAUGAAGUGGAAAAGAGAGUUGUUGCUUCACUGCUGACAUUAAUGGAUGGCAUUGGCUCAGAAGACAGUGAAGGGCAGCUGUUGGUCCUUGGGGCCACCAAUCGUCCUCAUGCCCUGGAUGCAGCGCUGCGCAGGCCGGGCCGUUUUGAUAAGGAGAUAGAAAUUGGAAUUCCCAAUGCCCAGGACCGUCUGGACAUCCUCCAGAAGCUUCUGAAGAAGGUUCCCCAUUCACUCACAGCAGAGCAGUUGGCACAUCUGGCUGAUAGUGCACACGGUUACGUGGGUGCAGACUUGGCAGCCUUGUGCAAGGAAGCAGGUCUGUACGCACUGCGGAGAGCGCUGGGGAAGAGGCCCGGCCUGUGGGACACCGCGGUGGCUGGGUCAGUGAUGAUUGCUUUCAAUGACUUCCUGCAGGGGAUGAACGAUGUCAGGCCCAGCGCCAUGAGGGAGGUGGCAAUUGAUGUGCCAAAAGUGUCUUGGUCAGACAUAGGAGGACUAGAAGAUGUCAAGCUGAAGUUGAAACAGGCAGUUGAAUGGCCUCUCAAACAUCCAGAGUCCUUCAUCCGAAUGGGGAUCCAGCCUCCCAAAGGUGUCCUGCUUUAUGGACCUCCUGGGUGCUCAAAAACCAUGAUAGCAAAAGCUUUGGCUCAUGAAAGUGGCCUCAACUUCUUGGCAGUGAAGGGACCCGAGUUGAUGAAUAAAUACGUUGGUGAGUCUGAACGAGCAGUGCGAGAGAUCUUCAGGAAAGCCAGAGCAGUGUCUCCUUCAAUUCUUUUCUUUGAUGAAAUUGAUGCCUUGGCUGGUGAAAGGGGAAACUCUUCAGGUGCUGGGAACGUAGCAGACCGUGUCUUGGCUCAGUUGCUGACAGAAAUGGAUGGGAUAGAACAGCUGAAGGAUGUGACAAUUCUGGCAGCUACAAACAGACCGGACAUGAUAGACAAGGCCUUGCUGAGGCCGGGGCGAAUAGACAGAAUUAUCUACGUGCCACUGCCAGAUGCAGCCACUCGCAGGGAAAUCUUCAAGCUUCAUUUCCAGUCCAUGCCAGUCAGCAAUGAAGUCUGCUUGGCCGAGCUCGUGGAGCACACACAGAAGUACUCAGGAGCAGAGAUUACAGCAGUCUGCAGGGAAGCAGCCCUCCUAGCUCUUCAGGAAGACAUCCAUGCCAAGUCUAUCACAGGCCGGCACUUCCGGAGCGCGCUGAUGGUCGUGAGCCCGAGGAUUCCCGACUCGUUAAUCCAGUUUUAUGCAGAUUACCAGCAGCAAAGUGGACUGCACGCGCUCUGAAAGGCAAAUUAAUA